CACGCCAGUGGUACGCCAUUUUGUAAGUGUCCGCCGUAGUCAGUUUUCUCGGUAUAGUGAAAAAUAGUUUAUUCGCAUGGUUUUGUGUACGCUUAAAAGAUAAGACACUUUUUAAACCUAAUUUAACGUCUCGUACGUUAAUUUCACAAACCACAAGUAUGGAGGACAAGGCGGCGCUAAAGGAAUUGGAUCAAUGGAUAGAGCAGCUAAACGAAUGCAAGCAAUUGACAGAAAAUCAAGUCAAAACGUUAUGCGACAAGGCAAAAGAGAUUCUGACUAAGGAAUCCAACGUCCAGGAGGUGAAAUGCCCCGUAACCGUAUGCGGCGAUGUGCACGGGCAGUUCCACGAUCUGAUGGAGCUGUUCCGCAUCGGCGGGCGGUCCCCGGACACCAACUACUUGUUCAUGGGGGACUACGUCGACCGCGGGUACUACAGCGUCGAGACUGUCACAUUGCUGGUUGCACUUAAGGUGCGCUACCGGGAGAGAAUAACGAUCCUGCGCGGCAACCACGAGUCGCGCCAGAUCACGCAAGUGUACGGCUUCUACGACGAGUGCCUGCGCAAGUACGGGAACGCCUCCGUGUGGAAGCACUUCACCGACCUCUUCGACUUCCUGCCGCUCACCGCGCUCGUCGACGGACAGAUCUUCUGCCUUCACGGCGGUCUCAGCCCGUCCAUCGACACCCUGGACCACAUCCGUGCUUUGGACCGCCUGCAGGAGGUGCCGCACGAGGGACCCAUGUGCGACCUGCUGUGGAGCGACCCCGAUGACAGAGGCGGAUGGGGCAUAUCGCCUCGCGGCGCCGGCUACACGUUCGGGCAGGACAUCUCGGAGACGUUCAACCACAGCAACGGCCUGACGCUGGUCUCGCGCGCCCACCAGCUGGUCAUGGAGGGCUACAACUGGUGCCACGACCGGAACGUCGUCACUAUAUUCUCAGCGCCCAACUACUGCUAUAGGUGCGGCAACCAAGCCGCCAUUAUGGAAUUGGAUGAUGCGCUUAAGUACUCAUUCCUUCAGUUCGACCCGGCCCCGCGGCGCGGCGAGCCCCACGUCACACGGCGAACGCCGGAUUACUUCAUGUAGGCUGCACCGGAGGCGCACAUGAAGCAGUCGGGCUCGGGCGGCGGCGGGGGUGGUGGUGGAGGCGGGGUCGGAGGGGGGGUGAAGCGGAGUCGCGGGCGGCGGGCGGCGCGCGCGCGCGUGGCCCGCGCCGCGCGCCGCCUGCUGGCUCGCCGCCGGCUGCCUCCUCCCCCCACCCCGCCCCGCACCCGACACCCGGGGAACACACACACACUACACUACACGGAACACAAGAGGGCUGACGCGGCCGGUGCGGCGCGCCCCAUAGCGUCAGCCUAAACAUUAACGCCCUGCAACGCGGCCUGUAACUUAACAUCACACGUUCGGUCUCGCUCGGGGAAGUGAAACGUCCCGCGACCGAGACUUAGGUUAAUAUAUAGCAGUAAUUAUAUGUUUUUUUUUACUGUUAAGUGUUAUGCGAUAUUUCUAAUGCGGGGUGGUUCACUUCUCCGGCGAUACGAUGUCUAAUACCUACCCAAAUUAAUAAUAUGUGUAGUACAUCGCUUAAAAAACGUCGGCUUUUAAAAUUGUUCUACAAGUAAAUUAUGCGUCAAAUGGAAGUACUAAAUUACUAUCUAUAGUUGAAUGAGUGUCGUCCAUUCAAACAUGUAUCUCUUAUUCUUGCUAUUUAAGCAAUUAACUUGCACGUGGUCGUCAAGUUUCCUCGCGUGUCUCGCCUACAACUUGCCAGUGGAAACGUGCACCACAUUAAAUAACGGAUAUAAUAUAAUAUGUAGUAUACUCAUUUGUUUUUCAAGAUUCAAGUAUUCCAUUUGACGUUUAUAUGUUUGCGGCGAGGAAGCAAAAAUGCGCCGCUGUAGUUCGUUUAGUUCCGUUGUCAGAAUAUAUUGUGUAAGUUCCCCGUCGUUCCCGCGCCCGACGGCCGCAUGCGCAUGAUGGUUCACCGCGUCUCAUCCCGCACCUCUCCGCCCCGCCACCGACCCACUUCAGCAUCAAACCUUAUCAAGGGAUUACUGUAAAAAACCUCUGUUCUAGUGAUGAUCAGUAUGGAAACGCGGCGACUUUUGUUCGUAGAAGCAUAGAGUAAUAUAAGUAAAGAAAGAGUGGUAACUCAGUACAUCAGUUUUCUUACCAAAACGCGAGUUAUUUCGUAGUCGACAUCUAACGUCAAGUAGUGGAACUGUCAGUACCGCUACUUGACACCAGAUGUCACAAGUGUCGCUACUGACGAAAAUGUACUACUAAAACAAUUUAUAACUAAUAUUAUAAGCAAAAGGAGUUAAAAAUAGACUUUCAGUUAAUCCGGUUAUAAUAUUCGCUGAAAAUUGUUACGUUCGCCGCGACAUCUAUUGUCAACUAGCAGUACUGAUAAAUUCCGCUACUUGACGCCUACGAAAUAACUCGCGUUUUGGUAAGAAAAUUGAUGUAUGGAGUUACCACUCUUUCUUUACUUAUAUUACUCUAUGGUAGUAGUUAGUCGGUGGUCGGGCGGCCUCCCACCGCGAGCCACCAGCGUGUGCGUGGGCCGCAGACGUUGACGACUCGCGGUCGGUUAGUCGUAGCAUAAUUCCUGUACUUGUGUCUAAUUAUUCGGCGUCUCGCCCCGCGGCAGUCUAUGCUGGUAUGUUCAUUAUAACCUGUCCGGACCUAUUGUAUGUACACUUAUGUAUCAGACACUUAGACCUCAUUAAACAGCGUGCAUUUGCUA